CCCGUGGGUGUCAGGUGCUUCUCCAGCCCCCAGUCGGGUUCAAAGGGUUAGGACUGAUGAGUUUUUAAUUGCUCGCUUAAGUUCACCGCCUUGCUUGGUUGUGGUCUUGGAGCGCGAAUCAGGCCUGCAGGGAGGAGGGGGGCACGCCGAGGAUCCGUGCCCAGAAAAACGAGGUGGUUGGACAUGAAGUUCGCAGGAGUGGGACUGAGGGAGGAGAGAGGUGAGGGAGAGCAGAGGAAGGUAUGGAUUCCGCCGUGCGCCCCUCUCCGCCCUCCCAGGGUCCCCGGAUCCCUUCUGGCCUGAGCCGUGGGAUGGAACCUGAAACAGCGCUGUGGGGACCGGCUCUGGAGGGUCCUGAAGAGACCACAGACGAUGCUCACAGAGGUGCCGAGAGUGGGAACGAAGCCGAGAGCGCUCCGGAGGAGAGUUCUGGGGAGGAGGUCAUCCUGGGAGACCCCGCCCAGAGUCCGCAGUCCAAGGACACAUCCGAGACGCCCCCGGAGAGCCCUUCCCAGGACCCCUCAGCCUCUCAGGAAGCCCCGGCCCCACGGGGUCCCUCCAACCCCUCGGACCACCAGACUCCGGCUCCCGAGGUGGUCCCUGCCCCGGCUGACUGGACCAAGAGCUGUGAGGCCAGUUGGCAGUGGGGGACCCUCCCCGCCUGGAACAGCCCCCCGGAGGUCCCUGCCAGCGAGCCCAGCCUGCGGGAGCUGGUGCAGGGGCGCCCCUCAGGGGCCGAGAAGCCCUACAUCUGCAACGAGUGUGGCAAGAGCUUCAGCCAGUGGUCCAAGCUGCUGCGGCACCAGCGCAUCCACACGGGCGAGCGGCCCAACACCUGCUCGGAGUGCGGCAAGAGCUUCACGCAGAGCUCGCACCUGGUGCAGCACCAGCGCACGCACACGGGCGAGAAGCCCUACAAGUGCCCCGACUGCGGCAAGUGCUUCAGCUGGAGCUCCAACCUGUGCUUCAGCUGGAGCUCCAACCUGGUGCAGCACCAGCGCACGCACACGGGCGAGAAGCCCUACAAGUGCACGGAGUGCGAGAAGGCCUUCACCCAGAGCACCAACCUCAUCAAGCACCAGCGCUCGCACACGGGCGAGAAGCCCUACAAGUGCAGCGAGUGCCGGCGGGCCUUCUACCGCAGCUCGGACCUCAUCCAGCACCAGGCCACGCACACGGGCGAGAAGCCCUACAAGUGCCCCGAGUGCGGCAAGCGCUUCGGCCAGAACCACAACCUCCUGAAGCACCAGAAGAUCCACGCCGGCGAGAAGCCCUACCGCUGCACGGAGUGCGGCAAGAGCUUCAUCCAGAGCUCGGAGCUCACCCAGCACCAGCGCACGCACACGGGCGAGAAGCCCUACGAAUGCCUCGAGUGCGGCAAGAGCUUCGGCCACAGCUCCACGCUCAUCAAGCACCAGCGCACCCACCUGCGCGAGGACCCCUUCAAGUGCCCCGUGUGCGGCAAGACCUUCACCCUGAGCGCCACGCUGCUGCGGCACCAGCGCACGCACACGGGCGAGCGGCCCUACAAGUGCCCCGAGUGCGGCAAGAGCUUCAGCGUGAGCUCCAACCUCAUCAACCACCAGCGCAUCCACCGAGGCGAGCGGCCCUACAUCUGCGCCGACUGCGGCAAGAGCUUCAUCAUGAGCUCCACGCUCAUCCGCCACCAGCGCAUCCACACGGGCGAGAAGCCCUACAAGUGCUCCGACUGCGGCAAGAGCUUCAUCCGCAGCUCGCACCUCAUCCAGCACCGCCGCACGCACACCGGCGAGAAGCCCUACAAGUGCCCGGAGUGCGGCAAGAGCUUCAGCCAGAGCUCCAACCUCAUCACGCAUGUGCGCACGCACAUGGACGAGAACCUCUUCGUGUGCUCCGACUGCGGGAAGGCCUUCUUGGAGGCCCACGAGCUGGAGCAGCACCGGGUGGUCCACGAGAGGGGCAAGACCCCUGCCCGCAGGGCUCAGGGUGACUCCGUGCUGGGGCUCGGGGACCCCGCCCUGCUGACCCCACCGCCCGGAGCCAAACCCCACAAGUGUCUGGUCUGCGGCAAGGGCUUCAACGACGAGGGGAUCUUCAUGCAGCACCAGAGGAUCCACAUCGGAGAAAACCCCUACAAAAAUGCAGACGGUCACAUCACACACCCAGCUCCCAAACCUCCUCAGUUCCGACCGCCAAGGCUCCCUUUUGGAGGGAAUUCCUACCCGGGUGCUGUGGAGGGCAAAGCUGACCACGCAGGCCAGUCCCUUAAGGUGGCAGAGGGUCAGGAGGGCUUCAGCCAGAGGCUGGGGCUGCUCUCCUCCAAGUCCUACAUUUGCUCCCACUGUGGAGAAAGCUUCCUGGAUCGCGCUGUGCUUGUCCAACAUCAGCUCACCCAUGGCAGUGAAAAGCCUUUUCUCUUUCCCGACUGUAGGACUGGCGCAGGGGAAGGGCCAGGGGCAGGCGCAGGCCCCAGUCCUUUCCUAAGUGGAAAACCCUUUAAAUGCCCCGAAUGCAAAAAAAGCUUUGGUCUCAGCUCUGAGCUGCUGCAGCACCAGAAAGUCCACGCAGGCAGGAAAUCCCAGAAGAGUUCUGAGCUGGGGAAGGGCUCUGAGCUGGGAAAGAGCUCUUCGGUCCUGCUGGAGCACCUCAGGAGCCCUCUGGGGGCCAGACCCUACGGCUGCUCCGACUGCGGGGCCUCCUUCCCAGAUCGGCUGGCUCUCCUCCGGCACCAGGAAACACACACCCAAGAAAAGUCCCCCAAAUCCAAGGACCCCCUGCCAGAGCCAGCCACCCUGUCCACGAGCCAGGAAGGCGAGGGGGCGGCCUCCAGCCCCACGGGAAGUGGCAGCCACAGGGAAGGGGGAAGCCCCAAAACCCCCUCAGAAGAAAAGCCCUACUUGUGCCCGGAGUGUGGAGACGGCUUCACAGAAGUCGCAGCCCUCCUCCUCCACAGGAGCUGCCAUCCUGGUGUCUCCCUGUGAAACGAGUCUGGAGACCAGGACCUCUCUCUCCUGAGAGGAACCCUGGACCCCGCCCCCUAAAAAUCGUGGAGAAAGGAGGUCAACCCUGUCAGACUGUAGGGAAAUGGAGGAUGAACCCUGGGAAAAAGUGUUUUUUACAUCAGUCAUGAGAAACCCUAGACAAUUUUUGGUGGGAACCACUUAAAAGGCAGUAGAGAAAAACUGUUGAGUUAGAAACCUAUAAAUAUAUAGGACAAACAAAUGAAAGCCCUUUAAGUCUGUAGCAGAAAACCCUAUAAACCAUAGUGGAUAAAAGCCCUAUUAAUUGUAGGAAGAGGUCUCAAUACGUCUCUAGGCAACCCCAUAACUGUAUCGAAAUCCUCAAACUCCUUAUCAAAAUUCGAGAGGGUCGGGAAGGGCAGGAAAUACCACAUGGCCUUGAAUCAGGAGGGCGACCCUCAAGUGUGGGAAGUGCACCUGACACCCCUGUCCCCAGUGCUGCCUCCUGCGCGAGUGUGGGAGGGAGCCCCUCCCCCGCAGUCGUGGACCUUACCCUGGGGAGAAUUCUCAGCUGAAGAAUAGUGUGGGGACGGGUGCAACUGGAGAAGGAAGAGAACAGGAGGAAAGUAAGUGAUGAGGAGCUUCGGAACCCAUAGAGGAAAAGAGACUAGGAAGAAAAAGCCCAGCUCGCUGCACCGGGGGGUUCCUUGGGACACGAGGCCAACCUUAGAAGUAUAUGUGUGAGGGAAUAGGCCCACGGAGUCCGUUACUACCCAGAACCCAAAAUGAGGAAGAAAACAAAUUAUGUCAAACCUUGUUAAAGGCUGAAGUUUGGGGUGGAUUUUUUUUUUUUUAACUUUUUAAGUGUAAGAAUACUGAGAGGCCACCACAAAAAUUCGAGGGGAUUUCCGCUAGAUUCACUUUGAAGGAAGCAGACCAAGGUGGAGAAACUGUUCCAGUGGAACCCAGUAAACGCCAGGCCAGUUUCUCUCCUUUCCGGGACCUUGUUAAACUGCAAGUACAAGCAGAUCCAGCUCAGGCCACCAGGCAGGACCCCUCUUUUCCCCAGGCUAGCUGGAGACAUCUAAGAGGCCUCUAGGUCGGAGGGGGCCUCUGCCACUUUCUCAGGUCUCACGGUCAGGUUUUUUCCUAAAAUCUAACUGCCACCAGUCUUGCUGCCGUGGCAGCCCAUUUCCUCAAAUUCUGUCCUCAGUGAAGAGGGAGAACUGCUGCUAGUCAACCUCCAAAGAAUAAAUUCCUUCAGAGACUCAAGGUUUGUGUGUGGUUGUCCUCCCUAGACUUCUCUGAGCAAGAGCCAUUUAUGAGUGCUCUGUGCUGAUGGCAAGAUGACAGGAUACAGAGCUUGGAUUAGCCAGCAACCUGCUUUCAACCUCAGCCCUUCCUGUGCGCUGGACCACAGAUCCCUGAAGAAUCCACAGAAGCCUGACCACCUUCCUCAGCCUGGUAUCUGCAGCUCUGAGGUGGGACGACCAUCCUGAUCAUGGCCUUGGGAAGGGACAGAGUCUACGCUCCUCUCUCCUUAGCCAGAAACCUUCAGAGGGAAGUGGAAGGACGGGAGAUACUCUCCUGCCAGGCCCAGCUCACAUGACACACAGACACACCUUUCAUAAACUCAGCCAGACCUGCUCACGUGAGGGGCAGUGUGACAAGAGACAGUUACUCUAAAAUGGUUGGAGAGAGAAAACUCUUGAGAGAAACAUCUGCCACCAGGAUGCCCCCUGGCCCUGGAGACUCUUAAAGAUGGAGAGGAAUCCAGUCACUGUGGGUCGGAAAGGAAGUGCUCCCUGACAAAGUGCUAGCACCAGUGACAGACUGUCUGGAAGUAGGACUGAGAUGCCAGGUGAAGUGGCCCUUCAGGAGUUGUGUGUGGAGAGAGAGGUGACCUGGACUCCUGCAAAGCUAUGGAAGAGACCUCGAUUCCAUUGCCUAGAAGUUCAAAAGAUGAAAACGUUUCACCCUUCACCUAUCCUGCCCCCAAAGGGAUAACGCUCAGAUUUUAAAGGCCCCAGAUCUAGAACACUGAGGGAGAAAUGUCCAGGCCUUCGUGAUUGUGGGGAAAGCCUUGUUAGCAUCUGCCUGAUGCCCCAUCCCACCCAAGCGCCAGGUAGGAGAGCACCACUGAGCGGGGAGGAGCCUGGCUGCAAAUCUCCAGUGACAGAUGUCAGCAAAGGGAGUGUCCCUGCAAGACAAGGAGAUAAGUUCUCCCAGUCUAAGCAGAUUUGUCUCCAAGAUGGUAGCAGAAACCAAGAUGUAGAGACAAAGCCCUUGUAAUGCUAGAAGCAGGUUCCCUCAGACACAAGUCUGAGAAUCUGUCCCCAGGAGGGUGUUGGGGAGCAGCUUUUGGGGCUCAGGUCAUUCUGGGGGGAGGUGGUCAGUAUAGCUGAGGCCAGCUGUAGCCUACUGAGGACUAGGGUGUAGCAUACAUAGUAGGAUGCUCGCAUGUUGGGGGAAGGGUGAGGGCUACGAGUCUUGGCUCUGGUGCUGAACGGAUGUCGUGGGCAUGAGCAGUGGGGACUGGGGCUUCCUAGUGGAAAAGGGGCAGAAUCAGACCUCUGCAUGGCCUGUGUCCAUUUGCCCACCUCCCUCAACUCCUUUAGUCAGCUGCUUCCCUACCAGAGCCAGUUGGGAGGAAGCCAUCUUGGGAGGAACUACGCAGGGGGGAGGCAGCGUUCAGGGCGCCUCUGACUAGCUCAGGCGAAGGCCAAGGGGCCGAGGCGCUUGCCUGACGGGACGAAGUAUGGACAGUGCAAUGUAAUCCAAACCUCUCCUCCAGCUCCACACCAGCCCACAGCCCUCUCGGGAGGAGGAGUCACUGGUGACAGGGGAGGGAAGAAAAGGAUCAGAGCUUAGGGUGAAACUUGAAACUCCUGUGGCUGUGGAGGUCAGAUGGGGGAACUCGAAAGAACUGGGCAUGAAUCCGGAAGGGGGAGGCACUUGAGACCAAGAGGUGGGGUUCCAUGACCCCUGCCCUGAGGUGAACAGCUGCCGCACUCCUCUGCCCCUGUGAGGAAAGCCCCGCUCCCCUGACUCGUCCCCGCGGUGUGAAAAGGCCCCACUUGUGAGUGUUGUGUGUCAAUAACAUUGUUGUGUCACUGGUGGUCCUGUUGAUUAGUUCAAGAGAAUAAAGGGAAUAAGAUUUCCCAGGUGUUUUUAUCUUCUCAUUCAGCCUAGCACAAGCUCUGAGCCAAGGCCCGUCAUCAGCGCAGGCCGUCCCACCCUUUUCCCAGGUGUCCCACGAUUGUGCCCAGGGCCUCCCUGGGAUAAACUGAGGGCUUUAUGAAAUUUUAAACGUAUCCCCCAGAAGGACGGGGAGGAACCUGAUGAGCUGGUGGCACAGCCACACAGCUCGUGUCAGUGCCUGGCUUUGACACCAGCACAACGGGCUGGCUGCUGGGUGACUGACCGGUUACUGACAGGGGCCACCUGACCAGCCCCAGGGAGCCGGAGGGAGGCCUCUGGCUAAUCAUCCACACCCUCCCACGGGUGCCACAGCUCCUAAGGUGUUCCAGAAACUGGCAGGCACCUCUCUUAACUCCUUUGGGUUCUGGGCCCUUGAGGAGAGAUGGGGGAGCCCUGACUCAUCCUCUCGGCCCGAGUCAGCCCACUGGCUCCCACCACGUGGAAACACGGAGGCUCGGGGAAGCACCGCCACUUGCCCCAAAGCCACAGAAGUUCAAGCAGGCUCUGCCCCGCCCAGCCUCUCCUCCCCGUGGUGGGGCCUGCCUGGGCCUGGCGUGAGCUCUGCUGUCUGGGCCAGUUGGGGCAACUCCAGGUGAUCCCCAGGCCCAGCCUGCUUUGGUGCUGCAUCUCACCUGUCACCUGCCUCUGUCAUCCUCAUAAGGGACUCUCACCCUAGGCAGGAAGGCGAGUCUGACUCAGACCCAGGGCAGUCUGUCUGUCUGUCCAUUCCUUUCCCUGCCCAGAAAGUCAGGGGGUCCAGGAGGAUGGGCGGAGGGACUUGUCUUGCAUAGGGAAGUAAUGAACGUUUCUCCACAGUCCCUGGGUUUCAAGCCCGGGAACACCGAGGUGCAUUAGCGUUGUGCUAAAGGCGUCCUCAGCAAGCCUUGGCACUGCCGCGCCCCGUCCGCGCACAACUCCUUCGGCCCCGAUGUCCUCGCCCGCUGCGGCACGUGGCUCCGCCAGCGUGCCCGUCGCCACCAACGCCGCGCCGGAGGUCACCGCAGCCCGCGCCUCCGUCUCCAGCCCAACAUGGUGCAGCCGUGGCGACCCCGCUGAAACGCCGGGAGCUGGAUGGGGCCCGAGAGCGGACAAGGCUGCCAGUUCCCCCGGACCCGGGACCUCUGAGAUGGCGGCGGGGACCCCGGAGAGCGCGGCCAACGACAAGUCAGCCGCCACCGCCUCGACCCCGGCCAGCACUGGCCCAAGGUCCAGCUCCAGCACCCCCGCGGCGAUGGCCUCGCCCGCGGGCCCCCUAGCGUGCUGAACCGAGGCGUGAGCAGGCGUUAAUGAAGGAGGUCACCGGC